GGUGUCUCGGUGGGUGAGUCCGGGUGGCUGGGCGGGGGCAGCUGAGACUCGAGGCUCUGGGCUGGAGGAGACUUAGGACGUGGUGGUUAUCACAGGGGGUCGGGGAAAGAGCAGGGGGAGCCUUUCCUCUUCCGAGGGCCCCUCGAGGACACACUACAGAUGCAGGAAGACGCUGGACAUGGAGAGCCCAGCUGAGGGGAGACGUCCAGGAGAGACCAUGGCCGUAGCCUUAGAAGCCCGGGCCUCCCCGCAACAGGAGCCUGAAGAACUUGUGAUUGUGAAGCUGGAGGAGGACUCCUGGACGCCAGUCUCGCAGCCCAAGAAGGACCGCGAUCCCGUCCCCGGCCCCGAGGCUUCCCGCCAGCGCUUCAGGCAGUUCCAGUACAGGGAGGCGGCAGGGCCCCACGAGGCCUUCAGCCAGCUCUGGGCGCUCUGUUGUCAUUGGCUGAGGCCGGAGAUCCGCCUCAAAGAGCAGAUCCUGGAGCUGCUGGUGCUGGAGCAGUUCUUGACCAUCUUGCCCCGGGAGGUCCAGGCCUGGGUCCAGGCCCGCCACCCUGAGAGCGGUGAGGAGGCAGUGGCCCUUGUGGAGGAUUGGCACCGAGAGGCCCAGGCUGCGGGGCAGCGGGAACUGGAGCUGCGUGCAGAAGAUACAAGGUCCUUAAAGACAACGAAGGAAUCUCAGAGCUGCGGGCCCGAGGGACAGUCCCAGAAGCAGUGGGUGAAGAACUCGUGUCCUGACCUUCCCAAGUAUCUAGACACCAAGAUGGUGCCACAGCCUUUGAAGGAGAGUGCUGUCCUCACUCCCCGAGUCCCUGCUCUCCCAAAGACGGGGAGCAUCGGAGAUUGGGAGGUGACUGCAGAGUCUCAGGAAGCCCUGGGCCCCGACAGACACGCCGAGAAGGAAUUCUGCAUGGACCCCCCAGGAGACAACUGUGGGAACGGCUUGUCCCUGGGAGUUCCGGUUUCAAAACCAACCAUCAUUGCCCAGCAAGAGCAGGGACCAGAGUUUUGGGGUCCAAGACUUGUAAAUUCCGGAAAAAAGAACCCUGCAGAUUACAGCUUGGAUCCUGAGCAAACAAAACCAGCUCAGGCAUUGGCCUGGAGGGACUGCAAGACCUGGGAAGAACGAUGCCCGGUGCCCGUGGAGGAUGUGAAAGUGUCAGGUGUGCACUGGAGCUACGAGGAGACCAAGACUUUCCUGGCGAUUUUGAGUGAGUCUCCUUUUUCUGAAAAGCUCCGGACUUGUCACCAGAACCGCCAGGUGUACCGAGCCAUUGCAGAACGGCUGAGGGCACGGGGCUUCCUACGGACGCUGGAGCAGUGUCGCUACAGGGUCAAAAACCUCCUACGGAAUUACCGGAAAGCCAAGAGCAGCCACCCGCCGGGGACCUGCCCCUUCUAUGAGGAACUGGAGGCCCUGGUCAGAGCUCGGACGGCCAUCAGAGCCUCGGACGGCCCAGGAGAGACUGUGGCUCUCCCGCAGUUAGGGGACAGUGACAUGGAGGUGGAUGAGCAGCAGGAAGGGGGCUGGGAGCCGGAGGAAACGGCAGACGACUGUAACGGUGACCUGGCCACCAACGAGUCCAUCCAGGGGCCCGGGAUCCCAGGGGGCCCAGCUCUGCUCCAGAGUCGUAUUGCAGGUGUGCACUGGGGCUACGAGGAGACCAAGGCCUUCCUGACCAUUCUCAGUGAGUCCCCAUUCUCUGAGAAGCUUCACACCUGUCACCAGAACAGCCAGGUGUACCGGGCCAUUGCAGAGCGGCUGUGUGCACAGGGCUUCCUGAGGACCCUGGAGCAGUGUCGCUACAGAUUCAAAAACCUCCUUCGAAGCUACCGAAAAGCCAAGAGCAGCCACCCACCUGGGACCUGCCCCUUCUAUGAGGAGCUGGACUCGCUGAUGAGGGCUAGGACUGCAGUUAGAGACAUGGGGACCAGCAGGGAGGCAGCAGGUCUCCCUACUUCUGAUCAGAGCAGUACCCAGGUUGUCAGCCAGGAGGCUUGGGACAAGAUGGCAGGUGAAGAUGUCAUCAGACCUCCAACCCCAAGUCCUAAAACCUCAGACACUGGUUUUGAGAUGAGGUGUGAGGAUGAAGACCAGAUUUCAGAGCAGGACCUUUUUGAAGAUUUUCCCGGAGCCUUAUCAAAAUGCACUGCUGGGGAUGAUUGCUACCCUCACGAUUGGGGGGAAGACAGUGAAAAUGAAAAUGAAAGUAAAGGACAGUGGGGAGAUCCAUCCCACGAGCAGCGGGAAGAGUGUUCUUCUGAAGAGGACUUGGAAAAGCUCAUCGACCACCAGGGCCUGUACCUCGCAGAGAAGCCCUACAAGUGUGAUAUGUGCGUGAAAACCUUCAGCCGGAAUUCACAGUUAACCACCCACCAGCGGAUACACACAGGUGAGAAGCCCUACAAAUGCCUCGAGUGCGGGAAAAGCUUUAGUGACCGCUCCAACUUCAACACCCAUCAGAGAAUCCACACUGGAGAGAAGCCCUACGAAUGCCUUGAAUGUGGGAAAAGCUUCAGCGACCUCUCCAAUCUUAUCGCCCACCAGGGAAUGCACACGAAAGUAAAGCCCUAUAAAUGUGAAGAAUGUUGGGAAAGCUUUACUCAGAGCUCAGACCUUCUGAAACAUCAGGGAAUCCACUUGGGAGGAAAUCCUGACCACUGUCGUGAGCCUGGGGAAAACUCUGGCCAGAGCCCAUCUUUCAGUACUCACUGGAGGAACUCCACCGAGGGGACAAAUCCUGAACAACCUCACAGUGCCAGUAAGAAUGCGAAUUCUCCUGGACCACAAAGCACCCAUGCAGGGGAAAAACUGUAUCAGUGUUCUGAAUGUGGAAGAAGUUUCUCUAAAAGCUCUGCCCUCAUCAGUCACCAAAGAAUCCAUACAGGAGAGAAACCAUAUGAGUGUGCUGAGUGUGGGAAAAGCUUCAGUAAGAGCUCCACGCUGGCCAACCACCAGCGGACCCACAGUGGGGAGAAGCCGUACGAGUGCAUGGACUGUGGGAAAUGUUUUGGGGAGCGUUCCAAGCUCAUCACACACCAGAGGGUGCACACGGGAGAGAAGCCCUACAAAUGCCUCGAGUGUGGAAAGUUCUUCCGUGACCGUUCCAACCUUAUUACCCACCAGAGGAUCCACACGGGAGAAAAGCCUUACAAGUGCAGAGAGUGUGGGAAAUGCUUCAACCAGAGCUCCAGUCUCAUUAUUCACCAGCGAAUCCACACCGGGGAGAAACCCUACAAGUGUACAGAGUGUGGCAAAGAUUUCAACAACAGCUCCCACUUCAGUGCCCACCGGAGAACCCAUGCAGGAGGGAAGGCGUCAUAGGAAACACUGCCCCCCACAGCAAAAGAGAGAGAAACCUAUAUUGAAAUCUUCCAAGAUCCUAAGAUGUAUGCUAGAAAGAAACUGUCUCAAUUUUUAAGCUUGGUGUGUGCCCAGGGAGGUUAUCAUGGUACCAUCGAGGUAAUUUGGAUGUGAAUUACAAACACUUUAGGAUCCAGAUUUGAAGGCACUUUCUUUUAAGUAUAAUGUGUUUUUCUCCUGCAGAAAAAAUCCCUACAUAAUCCUCAGGGUGUCCUUACAUUCGCUGUUAUGUGAGAGCUUUAUCAGUCUUGGAGCAAGACUGGUAACUGAGGGGAUUAGAGGUAAACUGGUGGCCCUGAGCAGUGAUUCGAGACCUUGCUGUGCCUUCACACCGUCCCUGGGCACACAUGCCUCAUCAGUGUACAUUGGCAAAUUCUCACCCAUGGCAGUUUUCCCCUGGGGCAUAACAGCCUGGGAGAAUUUUGAGACCUUCCAGUGAGAGGGGACAUAAUUGAGAAUCAGUGACCUAGAGCAGGGGGGUGAGCUUAUCAAAGGGUAGGAACAACUGUGACAUCAUUCCUAGAUUAUUAUUACUAGUAGCAAAAAAGUAGCCAGUGUUCCCUGAGCUUUUCAGCAGGCUCUGAGCUAAGCACUUUAUAUACAUCUUCUCAUCUACUCACAGCAUCCCCAGGAGGUACUAAUAUUUCUCUCAUUUCCUGGAGAAGAGUGACUUGCUUGGGUCACACAUCUGAAAAUGGCAGAGACAGGAUUCGGCCACAUCUGCCUCCGGGGCCUAAGGUGCUCUCACUGCUACACCGAGUCCCCUUUCCCGUCGGGGCGGGUAACUCAGGUGCCAAAGCACUUUGUAGACCACGUUUUCAGUUAAAAUGCCCUACAAAUUCAGUUUUUAACAAAUAUGGACAUAGAGAAUCCUAACCAAUCGAAGGACUGGGGAUGUUCAGAACUGGCAAUGUGCUUUGAGCAAGGCUGAGCUCUUCUUGAAGCACUUGAUAAGACUUUCCAUCUUCACAGUGAUAUGGGUGAGAGAUGGAGGUGAGUUGAGAUUGGGAAAAGUAAUAUAGUCAAAGGGACGUCUCUUCCACUGAGAUACUGUUUGGGGUAAGGAAAUUGGGUUUUUAAGAACUUUCCUUUUUCUCAGGAGAUCAGCCCUGCUUCCCAUUAGACUUGGCUCGAUUGUAGGUUAAACCAUAAGAAACCUGGGCUUCCUGGACAGUGCUUUCUCACCCCUGUGUGUUUGCCCCCUGGCUCCCUCCCUCUUGGCAUGGAAGAAGCUUUGUGGCAAGGCUGAGGCAGAGGAGAGUAACAGGCGUCAGUGGGUGUGGAGCACCGUGGAGGGACUUUGGAAACUUGAUUCCAGGCUCGUGGUGCACUUUCACUCUGAGCCACCUCAUCCCAGGCCUGUGCGGCACUUUCUAAAUGUUGCCCUUAAAGAGCUGCCUCCCACAGCAGCAGGCUCCGUCAGAAAGCUUCACACAGGAUGGUUUUUAGUUCUCAGCACUUUGACCUCCAGGCUUUCUCCUUAGGAGGGUUUUUAAAUGUUAGCCAAGGACUGUGGUUUGCAAAGGAUUUUGAAGGAGGUUCCUUCUCCUAACACCCACCUAUUGAUACUCUGCUGCCACGUAUACUCUGGCUGUUCAUGAACCUGGGAAAUGCUAGUAAGUUAGAUAGUAGAUGUGAGGGACCCUCGGAGAAUGGAAUUCUGUUCACAUGUGAGGCAGUCAGGGAGACACUGAUCAUUCCUUAGCCCCUUUCUCAGCUUCCCAAGAACCAGCUCACCUCAGUCACUACCUGUCCCCCUCUUCCUGGCUUACCUUUCCUGCCUCACCUUACCUCUGAGGAGCAGGGCCCAUGGGUGAGCCCUGGCUUUGAACCAGCAGAUGUCAGUAACUGCAACAAUAAGAUGAUGGGUAAGAUGCCCCCUGAGCCAAGAGAGAGGAUCCUGGAGGAGGGGCAGGGACGUCCAGGGAGAGGCCUGGUGGCAUGAACUAGCAUGGCUUCAGGUGGGGUGGGACCAUAGCUUCUUAGGUACUAUUGAGGCUUCAAACGGGAGAUGGGAAGUGGUAGGAGCUCCGGUUGGAGGGAUGCAGGGGGCAGGGUCAUGGAGGACCUCGUGGAUUCGUGGAGCUGGGACACCAGGCUGAGGGUGCCUGGUCAGAUGUGCAUUGUUGAAACCUAAUAGCUGGACGGAGCUUGGACGUGCUACAGACUGUUGGAACACUAUCGCGAUAUUCCAGUUAGAAGUGAGGCGCUAAGCUAGAGCCGUGGUGAUGUUGAAGAGGAGGGGGUUGGAUUUGAGAGGUUCCACAGGCAGAGUUGAGGGCAGCAGUGGAAAGCUAGAAUGCGUGGGUGACUGUGGAGCCUGCCCUUGUUCAGGAUGGACCACAGGAGGCGGUGCAGACAGGGCAGAAGAGCAGAAGGUUAAACUGGGGCAUUUAAACUUGCACCUAAGGGACACCCAAGGUACGCCCAACACAGCAGCUCUGAAGGUGGGGGGAGGUUAGGACUGGAGAGUUACCUGUGUGUGUGGGAGGUUACAUUCUUGUUCAAUUCAGAGAAAUGCUGGGUACAGACAGAACUUCAAGAGCACUGUGUGUAGAGGAAGAUGCCCCUCAAAGGAGGUCUAGACCCCUCCCCAGCCCUACCACCUCGCAAGCUCCAGCCACCUUGCAAACGCUGCCUCAGUUGCUGCUGACACCUGAAUCAAUGUGGUUCUGAAUUUCUGGAACCUUCCCUGUGGAAGCCAGGCUGAGCUCUGUAGAAGUGAGAUGGUAGCCCUCUCCCCCUCGUCCCCCUGUUCUUGGAAGCAUACUGGUGUCUCAUGUUCUCAGGACAGUUUUGAUGUUCGUGACCUGUGGCUCGUCUCUCUGAACUGUAGCUGUGAAACGGGAGGGCAGUGUGGGCCGGGAGAGAACGUGGCCCAGGGAGACCGCCUCUCCUUGUCCCUGACUCUGCCUCUGGAAGAAGUUCUCAUUGGGGUGGCUCCCAUAUUUGGGGCCCACCCCAUGCCUCUUACAGGGUGCCUAGCAACCUCCAGCAGGUCUUGGCUGCUCAUAGAAACCAACAGCUGGUUUGAUACACCCUGAGCCUUGUAGCCUCAAAUCUGCUCUUGGGGAAGUAGAUUGACUCUGAGGAAUGGGCGGUUUAUCAGCCUGCAUGACCGCAGGUCAGACCCUGGUCCUGGGAAGUGGAAGCGGUGACUGUCUCCCUGGGACAGUGUCUCCUGUGAGCUGCAUCUCCUAACUUGAUUUCCGUACCCUCCACCCCAGGAAGGGUGUUGGCUCCUCAGAGGUGACUGAAAGGCACCACUUAGACAUUCGUUCCACAGACCCCCUGCUCAGCAGACAGCUUUCUUACAGCCCGAAGGAGUGUAAAGCGACUCGGGUGCUCCUGUGCUGGAGAAUGUAAUAGCAGGGACCCCUGGGUCCCUGGGUUCUCCCUGCCUGGUCCUGUUCUGGGGCCCACAGUGCAGAUGGCUCUCCACUUCAGGCUGCAGAAAAGACUUGCUUUUUAGUCAGUCUGUGGAGAAGAGUAAUGCCUUUUGUGACCACAAGGUUUUGAAGUAUGAAUGCGGUGGCAUCUGGAAGGGGUAUGGGUGGCAGACGGUCCCGUCCAGGCUGCCUUGGGUCUCUAGCCCAGCCUUGGGGCCCAGGCCUGCGUCUCCAUUCACUCUAUUCCACCUGUGUGCUGACCACUGUGUAAAUACUAACUCGGGUUGCUUGGUGACCAGCCCUCCUUGAGUCGAUCCUGGGCCCCUGAGGCCCAUGUCCACCCACUGCUGCCUUUUCUGGCCUCUUGGUCCACCGCUCAGCAUGGGCGAUCACAUGCACACUCGGGCUCACAGUAAGCUGCCUCUGUCCACCGCCAGCGAGGUGUGCACAUCCAGAGGCACGCUGUCCCUUUUAAGGGCAUUUUCCAGUUGGGCUGUGUCUGCCCAGUGGCCUGGGAAGUCUUUCUCUGAACAGGCUCAGAAUGAAUCAAGUGGAACAUCCCCUGACCUCAAUUUUGAGCCCAUCCUCCCUUCUGGACAUGCCUUCGCCUCCCCCUCUUAGCAGCAGGUGCCCGUCUUAUGCCUCUGCUGCCAUCUGUCACAAGUGGUUAGUGCCGCCUGUAGUGGGAGGUUAGGAAGGCUUUGCCGGUGAGAUUGGGUUCGGGUUGGGCCUUGAGAUCUUCUGCCCAUGGCUGCUUCUCUGCACACUCCCAGCAUCAGUAUUAACUCCAGCUUACCUUUAGCACCAUUUCCUCUCCCUCUGGUUUCAGGCGAGUCUGGAAUUACCUCCAAAUGUGGUUUUCAGGGGCUCGGGUUUCUCAUCUCUCCGGGGCUUCCCCCAGCCCACCCUGAGUCUGGAUGAAGACCUCAGUGCCCCCUGGAGCCUUGCUCCCCAGAUCCCAGUUAGGAACCCUAGUGACCCCCACCUGUGCCGCUGGUGGCGGGGGAGAGGGCAGAGCAUGAGAGCCCCUGUUCUCAGCUGAGCUUAGGCUCCCACUUGUCAAGCUGAGAAUUGCUUUGUUCUAGGAGCCCUGUGGUUAAGUCAAGGGCAGAAUCCAGUUACACCAUUUUAUGUGAAUUCACUGGAAUAGCGAUCCACCUAGAUGUCGAUUUUCUCAUCGAGCCAUGGCUAGUGGUCCUCUUUGCACGUGAAGAUGAUUCUGAUCCUGUCUGCCAUUACCUUGAACUUCUUUCUAAAGUCAUGUUUAUUUUGCACAUUUUCAUCGUAGGAAAAUACUUCAUAAUCUGGCCAUCCAGAGGGUAAGGGCCAUGGGAGGGAAGGUGUAGAAAGUCAGUCUGCCUCUAGGCUGGUUCUGGGCCAGCAGUAGGAGACCAUCUGAGCUCCAGCAAGAGAGUUGCUGCGGGCAGAGGUGGAUGGAGCUGUGGUCACCGACCUCUUGAGAGUCUGGGGCUCAGGGAGCCCUCCUUUGGUGCUGGGUGACCAGUAUGUACCUGGUGUCACACCCAGUAUGACAAAGGAGGAAGGGCUCCUCUCCUUCCUCCUACACAGGACAUGGCUUGGCUUUAGUGCUUUGGGGAAUUCGUAGACCAGAGUAACUUCUUUGUGUUUAGAGGCGGCGGAGACCAGCAGGAGUUGGGUCAUGGGGGUGCCCUGGAGAGGGUGGUGAGAAGCUCUCAAGGCAGGGGCCCAGGUUGGAGCACCCUCCAUGGACAGCACCCAGAAAGGGCUGUUUCAGGAUCACAUGCAAAGUCCCCAACUCAACCCCACUCCUAAAGUUGCCUGGACAUAGAGGGAGGAGGUGAGGCGACCUGAGCUGAAGGUCACGCUAAACCCAUCUGGUAUCCUCGGGGGAAGGGCAAACACACGUUAUCUCAGGGACCUUUCGUGAACAACUAAUUCCUUAGACAUCUGUGUGACUGUAGCAUUAAAAUGGGAUACAUUUUGACCACUAGGAGGCUCAGAGAUUAAGGUCCAAAUCUAAAGACAGAACAGGCUCUUUCAAUUUUCCAUUUGCUACAAUAUUGUAAAGUAAUUGGCCUCCAAUUAAAAUAAAUAAAUUAAAAAAAAUUUUCCA